AUGGAAUACAUGAAAUCGACGAAUUCUAAGACCAAUCCACGAGAAAUAUAUUCAGGGCAUUCUGAAUAUUGCCAAAAAUCGAAACCAAACUCUUAUCACUGUCGUACCUUUGAUAAUUCUUUUGAGGAAGAUGAAGAUUAUGGCCACUUACCAUCGAAGUACCAUUUUGGGACUCUUAAAAGUAUCCAAGAAUCUAAUAAAGAAAAUAUCCCUGAAAUGAGCGAAAGUCCCUCAAUUGAAGAAGACCUACACAACCCCAAAGUAAUAAUAAGGAAAACUCUUGAAGAAAUAAAAAAAUCAAAAUUCAAGUUUGGCUUAAAAAUCAAAAAAGAGCAAAAAAGGAAACCACUAGCCCAGCUAAGACCACAAAGUGCUAACUCCCCCCCCCUCCGUGAGUGAACAAAACAAUUAGAAAAAUCGCUAUUUUUUGCCCAAAAACCCACCCUCCGUGAGUGAACAACAAUUUUUUUAAUAGAAAAAAUUUUUAUGGAAAAAAAUUUUGAUAUAUAAAUGAUAAUUAGUAUAAUGAAAUCUAGAGCUAAUUCUGUUUAAUUUCAAACGAAUUGCUUUUUAAAACAUAAAUUUUAUAAAUUAAAUUAAUAUUUGCUUUCCAAUUUUUUGCGAAUUAGAUUUUUUUUAAUUUCGAAAAAAAUAUUUUUCAUAAAAUUUAUAUAUAAAAUGUUUUUUAAAAAAAAAAAAAAAAUUAACCCCCUCCGUGAGUGAACAAAAUUUUUUUGUUCACUCACGGAGGGGGGGGAGUAAGUGUUUAUCAUCUAGGGCGCAUACACCUAAUUUAAAUAAAAGAAAAAAUGAUCCUGUAUCUAUGUUUCAUAAACAUCAAAAUGAAUGGAAAUCUACUUCAUUUUUAAAUUCAAAUCAUAUAUAGAGAUUUCUUUUAAUUUUCCUGCUAUUUUUAUAAGAAAAUAAUAUUAUGGAUAAAUUAAGGAAAAUAUAUAUAGGUUCAAAAGAAGGCAGAAAACUCAACCUUUGCAACCAAAAUAACAAAAAAAACUUUGAGAUUGUAAAAAUAAAAGAAAUUCCUAGUUAUAUUGAUUUAUCUUAUAUAGCUCCUAAUGAGAAACGAAGAGACAGUUUAAGGUAUUUAACAAGGAUGAAAAUGGCAUGCCAAGAAAAUUAA